AUGGAUAGUACAAGAGUGUACGAAAGAGAAAAGUGGUCAUCAUGGGCAGAUUUCAUCAUGUCCUGUAUUGGCUAUGCCAUUGGUCUUGGUAAUGUAUGGAGGUUCCCAUAUCUCUGCUAUCAGAAUGGAGGAGGAGCUUUUCUCAUUCCGUACGUCAUCUCGCUUGUUUUCUGUGGAGCUCCAUUAUUCAUUUUGGAAACAUCAUGGGGACAACUUUUGUCUGUUGGAGGAUUAGGAAUGUUCAAAAUCUGUCCAAUAUUCAAAGGAGUUGGAAUUGCUGCUGCUGUAAUGGCAUUCUGGUUGAAUAUCUAUUAUAUCGUAGUAUUGGCUUGGGCUCUAUGCUAUUUGGUUAACAGUAUAAGGGUCGAUGAUAAUGUGCCUUGGAGAAACUGUGAUAAUCCUUGGAACACCGCUCACUGCCGUUCAGAGUAUGAGCAGAUACCUUGUGAUAGUAAUAGAAGCAUCGCUCAAUAUUUUAAUGUUAAGGUUUUGACCGCCGAACAUCUACACGAAUAUAAAAAGAGUCGCUUCAUUGGGCCAAAAGAAAACUGGACAUUCUGCAGUGAGAGCGACUUAGCUGUCCAAUCACCUGUUAAGGAGUUCUGGAAUUAUCAAGUACUCGGGAUAUCAGAAGGAAUAGAACAACCAGGCUCGAUUCGCUGGGAUUUAGCUCUUUAUCUUUUCUUUGCUUGGGUCAUCUGCUAUUUGUGCAUUUUCAAAGGUGUCAAGUGGACUGGAAAAGUUGUAUACUUGACAGCUUCCUUCCCAUACAUUAUGCUGUUCUGUCUCCUGAUUCGCGGUUUGACCUUACCUGGAGCCAGUGUUGGAUUGGAGUUCUACUUGAAGCCUGAUUUCAGUCGUUUAUUCGAAUCAAAAGUUUGGGUUGAUGCUGUAACACAAGUUUUCUUUUCAUAUGGUUUGGGUCUAGGAGCUCUCGUUGCACUUGGAAGUUACAACACCUAUCACAACAAUGUUUACAAACAAGCGUUGACUGUUUGCUUUGUUAAUAGUGGAACUAGUGUUUUCGCUGGAUUUGUUAUUUUCUCCUUCAUUGGCUUUAUGGCAACUCAACAAGGAAAAAGUGUGGCUGAGGUGGCACAAGCAGGACCUGGCUUACUCUUCUUAGCUUAUCCAUCAGGAAUUCUUCAGUUACCCUAUACUAAUGUCUGGUCUAUAUUAUUCUUCUCCAUGGUUCUGUUCCUUGGAAUUGAUUCACAGUUUUGUACUAUGGAGGGAUUUUUCACAGCUAUUAUUGAUGAAUUCCCUUCAAUGACUCGGGGAAAAAAAUACGGAAGGGAAAUAUUCAUUGGCGUUGUCUGUAUAGUCUCGUACUUUGUUGGAUUGACCACUGUUACGGAAGGAGGAUUUUACGUGUUUCAACUGUUUGACUUCUAUGCUGCGUCUGGUUGGGCUUUGCUAUGGCUGCUAUUCUUUGAAUGUAUCGCCAUUUCCUGGAGUGUCGGAAUCAAUCGGUGGUAUGAUCAUAUGAAGAGUAUGAUUGGCUAUUAUCCAAGCGUUUGGUGGAAGUUCUGCUGGGUGUUUGCAACCCCGGCUGUAUGUGGGGGAGUCAUGAUUUUCGGCUUAAUAAAAUACCAGCCCUUGCGGAUCACAGCUUACAACUACGAUUAUCCCCUUUGGGGACAUGUCUUUGGAUGGUUCUUAUCACUGUCAUCGAUGUUGUGUAUUCCUGGGUAUUUUGUUUAUGCCUGGUUCACUACAACCGGUACUUUCUCUGAGAAGGUCAAAAAGUUGUUCCGUCCUGAUAUUUCAAUCAAGGAUAUUACUAAUGAAGCUAUUGAUGGAGAAGAAUUACAGGAGUUUCACCCAUUAUAA